CACAUUUCAAAUAGUCAAAACCAAAAUGGCAUCAGCCCAACCACCCAGGCCAGCCUUAACCUAAAAAAAUCAUCAAGCAUACAUACAACAGAUUCCUCAUACUUCGGAACAUCAAGAAUCUUGAUUAUUUUACACAACAAAUGUUCCCAAUAUGCAAGGAGUUAUUCUGCUCAUAGAUUCCCCUUUCUCUCUUAUUCUAACCCUUCUUCUCUUCAUCCUUCUUUUCCGCUUUGCUCUCGUUUUUCUCUUUCUCAGCCUUCUCUUCCUUCUUUGUUCCCACUUAGUUUUCAUCCUCUUCGAUCUCUUUUAACUUCAAUGGCUACUCCUCAGGCUGCCAAUGACUCCCCUCAGCCUUCCCAAACCAAAACAGUGCGGGUUGUCAUAAAGGGUAGGGUUCAGGGUGUGUUCUAUAGGAACUGGACGAUAGAGAAUGCCACUCAACUGUGCUUGAAAGGUUGGGUUAGGAACAGGAGGGAUGGUUCAGUGGAAGCUCUUUUCUCUGGGAGCCCGGACUCUGUUCAGGGGAUGGAGCAGAGAUGCCGUCGUGGUCCACCAGCUGCCAUGGUUACUGGGCUUCAGGUUUUCCCUUCCAAUGAUGAUCCUGGCACCGGAUUUGAGAGGAAGCCAACAGUCUGAUAACACUAUAUGUAAAGAGAUUACCCCAUUCUAUAUAGUCUUGCUGUCUAAGGAAUAAAAUUGCCGAGUGGUAGUGAAUACUGAUGGUUAAUUAGUAUUUAUGUUAAUGAAUUCUUAAGUAUGCUUUAUAAUGGUCCUUUUCCAUUUAAAUGAAUUUUGUUUGAUGAAUAUUCUGUUCCUUAAUUCACAGAAUGACAAUGUAAGACUGUGAAUGGAGAAAUGAGUCAUGUAUAAUUUUAUGUAUGCUUGCUAAACUUGGUUAUCCCAUA